AUGACAAUCGACAAGUCUUGGACCACUUUGCGAAAUCGUAGAUGUCCACAAUAUUGGGAUGGUCUAAAUGCAUUUUUAGAGAUGGCCUCGAAUUGUAAAGAUUGUGAUGGUAGGAUUAGAUGCCCUUGUGUAAGAUGUGUGAACAAUAGGCUUCAAACUUUACCUGUUGUGAAAGCACACAUAUUCGAUUGGGGUUUUUUUACUGGUUACGAAAAGUGGACAUACCACGGGGAAGCAGAAUCUAGUGCCACUAAUGCAAUGAACGACCAUGAUGCCGCUGAUGAUGAUCCUGAAAUUGACGAGAUGAUUCCAAUAGUGGAUGACUUCCUUCAGCCGUCAUUCGAAAUGGAUGAUAAUCCUGAUGCAAAUCAAUGGCGCGACGAAUUAUUUGAAGAAAUUGAGGCCGAGUUGUAUCCUGGUUGUGAUUGGAUAUCUUCUCUUAACUUUUUGGCAAAAUUAUUGCAUUUGAAAGUUAGGGGAAAAAUUCCAAACAACAUAUUUGAUGAAUUACUGAAGUUACUAAAAUUUGCUUUUCCAAAGGAAAAUAAAAUUCCAUCAAACUAUUAUGAUGCCAAGAAAAGAUUGAAAAAAUUAGGAUUGGGGUAUGAGUCAAUUCAUGUGUGCAAGCACAAUUGCUGUUUAUUUUAUAAUGAACAUGCAAAUGAAGAUUCAUGUCCAGUCUGUGGCACUAGUAGAUGGAUAACUUCAGAAAAUUUAGGAGCAAAAAAGGUGCCUCAUAAGGUGAUGCGUUAUUUUCCGUUAAUUCCGCGACUGAAAAGACUGUAUACUUCAAGGCAUACGGCGAAAUACAUGGUAUGGCACCACAGUGGUAAAUCAAAAGAUGAGGGUGUGAUGCGACACCCUGUGGAUGGUGCAGCGUGGAAAGACUUUGAUGCCAAACAUCCUGAUUUUGCUAGUGAACCUCGAAAUGUUCGUAUCGGUUUAGCUGCCGAUGGCUUUAAUCCAUUUGGUAAUAUGAGCCAAGCUUACAGUAUGUGGCCUGUAGUUUUGGCGAACUAUAAUAUUCCACCUUGGUUAUGUAUGAAAGAUAAUAAUUUUAUGUUGACCAUUCUAAUUCCUGGAGAUAAAUCACCCGGAAUGGACAUAGACAUAUUUUUAAGACCCUUGGUGGAUGAGUUGAAGGAGUUGUGGGUUAACGGAGUAGAUACCAGAGAUUGUCGAACCAACACUGUCUUCAAGUUGCGUGCAGCUCUUUUGUGGACAGUGAAUGAUUUUCCUGCUCGUAGUUAUUUGUCUGGUUGGAGUGGUCAGGGAUAUAAAGCGUGUCCUACUUGCAAUGAAGAUACAUCUUCUAUUCGAGUAAUUGGUAAGACAUCUUACGUGGGUCAUAGAAGAUUUCUGCCAAAUAACCAUCGAAUGAGAAGGGAUACUCAAUUUGACGGACAAAUUGAGAGAAGACCUCCUCCAAGACGUUUUACUUGUGAAGAAGUAUUAGAACAAGUAAACAAACUUCCACCCCACCUCCCUGGAAAUCAUGAGCUCUUUGGUGGUGUGAAACGUAGGCGAGUUGCAGAAAAUCAUAAUUGGCGGAAAAAAAGCAUCUUCUACGAGCUUGACUAUUGGUGUUCAAAUAUUCUUAAACACAAUAUUGAUGUCAUGCAUGUUGAGAAGAAUGUUUGUGAUAGUUUAUUGGGCACAAUAUUGGAUAAUGAGAAAUCCAAGGACACUACCAAUGCAAGACAUGAUUUAAAGAAGCUAGGCGUCAGAGAAUCGUUGUGGAUUUAUGAAGACGAGAGGGGAAAGUUGUUGAAACCUCAUGCACCUUACGUGCUUAAACCUGAUGACAGGAUCCAAUUUUGUAAAUUUAUUAAGGAUGUGAAAUUUCCCGAUGGCUUUUGUUCGAAUUUGAAAAAAAAAGUAAAUGAAAAUUUAACAAAUGUCAUCGGAUUAAAGUCACACGACUGUCAUGUAAUAAUGCAACGAUUACUGUCUGUUGGUGUUCGCAAGUUUCUUCCGAACGCUAUAUCGACCACCAUCUCUGAACUGUGUAACUUUUUCAGACAAAUUUGUUCAAGGACUAUAAAUGUUAAAGACAUGGAGGUUGCUCAACAAGAUCUUAUUUUAAUCUUGUGUAAAAUGGAGUCCAUAUUUCCUCCUGCAUUUUUUGACAUAAUGAUUCAUUUGGUCCUUCAUUUGCCUGAAGAAGCAAUUUUGGGUGGACUCGUUUUUAUGAGGUGGAUGUAUCCAUUUGAAAGAUACAUGAAAAAAUUGAAGAACUACGUAGGAAAUAAAGCACGUCCUGAAGGGUCGAUAGCAGAAAGUUACGUGAUUGAUGAGGCUUUGACAUUUUGUUCAAUGUAUUUCAAGGGGGUUGAAACAAGGUUUAACCGUCUUGAUCGUAAUGAAGAUGAGAUAUAUGACUUGCACAAGUCCGGAUCAUUAGACAAUGGCAAAGAGUUGCUAGCUUUAGCAUCCGGGUCUGAUCACUUAGGCACUUACUAUGAAGGUUGUAUUGUGAAUGGAGUUCGAUUUAUGGCUACCAAAAGAGAUGAGAAGAGGAGCACACAAAAUAGUGGAGUGUUUGUGGCAGGAACAGAAGGUUUUAAUCAUUACGGCACACUCACUGAAGUGCUAAAGUUAACCUUCACUGGUGUUUACUCGGUCACAUUAUUUAAGUGCAAGUGGUACAAUACAAAUCCAAGACGGAAGAAGACAAUCGUCGAGAACCUUAUCACUAGUAUUAAUGUCAGUGGUGUAUGGUAUAAAGAUGACCCAUACAUACUUGCUAGUCAAGCAAAGCAAGUGUUUUAUCUCGAUGAUUUAUUGAGAGGGAAAAAUUGGAAAAUAGUUGAGAAUGUAAAUCACCGACAAAUUUGGGAUAUCGUGGAUGAUGAUCCUAACGUCGAAAUUGAUUUGGUACACGACACCAACUCCUCCAAUUUUGUGUUAACAGUAGAUCUUGGGGAGUUAAUUUUGCUACCUAAUCAACCUCCUAUAGACAUUGGCUCUGAACCUAGUUCGCCUGUCAACGAAGAUGACCGCAACGUGGACGACGAAGAUGCUACUGAAGAAUCAGACGAAGAAAUUUUAGUUGACCUUUGUGAAGAUGAUGUGAAUGAUCAUUUAGUUAAUAAUGAUAGUGAUAUGGAUGAUUAA